AAGGAAAGGCGUCAACAAGUAUUACCCACCUGAUUUUGACCCGGCCAAGCAUGGGUCCCUUAACAAGUAUCGAAACAGCCACCCCUUGCGGGAGAGAGCACGUAAACUCUCCCAGGGAAUCCUCAUCAUCAGGUUUGAGAUGCCCUAUAACAUUUGGUGCGACGGCUGCCAGAACCACAUUGGCAUGGGUGUUCGCUACAACGCGGAGAAGAAGAAAGUGGGCAAUUACUACACAACCCCCAUCUACAGGUUCCGGAUGAAAUGCCACCUGUGCCCCAACCACAUCGAGAUGCAGACGGACCCCGCCAACUGCGACUACGUCAUCGUCAGCGGGGCCCGGCGCAAGGAAGAGCGAUGGGACGUGGAAGCCAACGAGCAGAUCGUGGCCACGGCCCACGAGGAGAAGCAGAAGCUGGAGAUGGACGCCAUGUACCGGCUGGAGCAUGGCUCCAAGGACCAGGGCAAGCUGCAGCGGGCCAUCCCCACCUUGCAGAACAUCCAGGAGGCCCAGAGCGCCUGGAAGGAUGACUUCGCCCUCAACAGCCUCCUCCGCCAGAAGUUCCGGGAAGAGAAGAAAGUCCUGCAAGAGGAGGAGAAGAAAGACCUUGCCCUGCAGUCGAAGGCCAGCCUCAGCAUCCCACUGGUGCGGGAGACUGAGGAGGACCGCCGCCUGGCGACGCUGCUCAAGUAUCAGAGCCUUGGCUCCUACGAAGACAAACAGAAGCAGAAGCGCAGCGCGAUUGCCGACCGCCCCUGGUUCUUGUCGCCUCAGGCCUCCGGCACCAAAGCCAGCGACACCCUGAGAAAGCUGGGACUGUCCGGGAAAUCCCCGGCCGGCAAGUCACCCAUAGGCACGACCAGCUUGGGUGUCGUGCGUCGGAAAUCCCGAGACGGGCAAGGCGUUUCCAUGGAGGAGGAGGAGGCUGCCGCGGCUCCCCCAGUACAGGAGAACAGCCGGGACGGCGCGCCCCUCGACACCCCGGCGGUGACGGAGCUGGGCUCCCAAACUGCUGAAGAAAACCCUCCGUGCAGUUCGGCCGCCUCGCUGGUUGCGGAUUAUUCAGACUCUUCGUCUGACGCGGAUGCCGAACUUUGA